AAUCAACACUGCUGGUCUGACGGUUAGAUCCCACGCUGUUGUUCUGGGAGGAUUUAGACGGAUUAUUGGUGAGGAUGGCACGCGAUAGGUCUACAAGUCUGGAGGGACUGCUGCAUUCGGCAAGAAAACACCGCAGUAUGACGGUUAUAGUGGUCAUCUCUGUGGUCGCCGUCCUGGGUCUGACGCUAGGACUAGGACUAGGACUUGGUCUACAGGACAAUGACGAUGCUUCCGGUAGAGUUUCAGCGAGGGACACGCUGAUACCGAACAUCACAGACAUCCUGUCACGUGUGCCACUGAUUGACGGACAUAACGAUCUGGCUGACAAAUUCCGUAACCUGACCGACAACAAGGUGUGGGGUAAAAACCUCAAAACGGGCUGGGAAGAUGUGCAGACGGACAUACCGAGGUUAAGGAAGGGCAUGGUCGGUGCACAGUUCUGGGCGAUCUACGUGUCGUGUAAGAGCCAGUACAAGGACGCUGUCACCCUCUCAUUGGACCAGACUGACGUCAUCAAAAAGUUCGUCUCCAUGUACCCUGACGAUUUUGAGUUUGUCACAGCUAGCGAAGGUAUUAUGGACGCCUUUAACAAGGGGAAGAUUGGGAGCAUGAUGGGACUAGAGGGAGGUCACUCUAUUGACAGCAGCCUCGGUAACCUCCGCAUGUUCUACGAGCUGGGGGUUCGCUACAUGACCUUGACCCACACCUGCAACACCCCCUGGGCAGGCAACAGCCAUAUGGACGAUCCAGAAAACAAGCCCGAAGGAUCUGACGGACUUACCGAGUUUGGAAAAAUCGUUGUCAAGGAGAUGAACCGUCUUGGCAUGAUGGUGGACCUGUCUCACGUUAGCCACAAGACCAUGCUGGACGCCCUCAGCGUGACUCAGGCUCCGGUCAUGUUUAGCCACUCGUCGGUCUACAGUCUCUGCAACCACUCGAGGAACGUUCGGGAUGAUGUGCUCGACAAGUUGAAAGAAAAUAAUGGAAUCAUAAUGAUUAAUUUUUACCCAAACUUCGUGUCAUGCAGUGAUAACUCCACGAUUAAAGAUGUUGUAGAGCAUAUCAAUUACGUCAAAAGAAGAAUAGGAACAAAAUAUAUCGGCAUCGGUGGAGAUUUCGAUGGAGUUGACAUCGUGACUCAAGGACUGGAGGAUGUGUCCAAGUAUCCGGAUCUGUUUGAGGCGUUAGUCAAAAGUAACGAGACAUGGAGUCCAGAAGAUAUAGAGAAUCUUGCUGGGAAAAACCUCAUUCGGGUCUUUAAAGAAGUGGAAAAAGUUAAGCAGGACUUGAUAAACCAGCCGCCCUCUGAGGAUUUGAUCCCCGAGGAAACGUGGAGAAAAAAUGAUUGUCGCACGGAAUUCUAG